AUGGAGCACCAGUCAAAACCCAAACCGACUGUAAGAGUGAAUCCUCAGAGCUCUGUCUACACUGGAGAGACCAUCACUCUGAGCUGUGAGCUGCAGUCAGCUGGAUGGAAGUUUCAAUGGUACAAAUAUAAUGAGCAGUUGCAGCUUUUGAGCACUGAAACUGUACCCAAAAACAAAUUCCGUGUGACAGUCGGUAACGCAGGAGAAACAGUGUAUCAGUGUACAGCAUGGAGGUAUAACUCGUGGACAGACACAUACUACUACACAGAGAACAGUGAUCAAGUGUUCAGUGGAGACGCUGUCACUCUGAGAUGUGACAUACAGGAUGAAAGUGUCUCUAGCUGGCAGUACAGCUGGUAUAAAGAUGCUUCACACAGUCCUGUCAGUAGUGAACAGGUGUACAGGAUCAGUGGUGUUGAAGUGACCCACACAGGUAAAUACACCUGUAGAGGAGCAGAGAGAGGAGGCUCACACUCCUCAUACUUCAAGAGACCAUGGGCAGUACUGAGUGUAUCUCCACAGAGCUGGCUCACUGAAGGAGACUCAGUGACUCUAAGCUGUGACGUUACAGACUCCUCUACAGACUGGACAUUCAGCUGGUACACAGCUGUUCCCUACAGAAACGGCUUAACUCAAAUAAAACAUAAUCAUGGCUAUAGCAUGUAUGUGGAGCUCCUCUCAGACAGCAGCAGAGGAUCUGGAGGCUCCUACACUCUCAGUCCUGCUGCUCUAAAACACACAGGAGUUUAUAUGUGCAGAGGAGAGAGAGGAGAACCAGCCGUUCACACACAGUACAGCAAUCCACAGCCACUAUGGAUCACUGGUGAAUCUCCUCCAGUCUCUCUGAUCAUCAGUCCCAGCAGAACUCAACACUUUACUAAAGACUCUCUCUCACUGAGCUGUGAGGACCAGAGUAUCUCUACUGGAUGGACAGUGAGACGAUACACACACAGUGAGGGAGUGUUAGAUUGUUCACGGUGGGGAUCAGUUACAGGAUCUACAUGUAAAAUCAGCUUCCUCUCCACAUCACACACUGGAGUUUACUGGUGUGAGUCUGAAUCUGGAGAAAAUAGUAAUCCUGUCAACAUCACAGUGCAUGGUGAGUCUUCAUGUAGUGUGUUUAGUGUCAAAGGAAAAAUGACCAUUUCUUUCAGACUGUAUACAAGUAUGAGUGCUUGCUUACCGAUGCCCAUACUGGUAAUCCUGCAGCUCAUACAAACGAACUGCGUCGCACCGAAUCUAGCAGCGCCCCACAAAAAGCCUGCAGCAACACCUUCCAGCCCCCAUGGCGAUGUGAUCCUGGAGAGUCCUGUCCAUCCUAUGACUGAGGGACAUCCUCUGACUCUACACUGUUUAUAUCGCAGCAGAAAUUCCUCAAACCUCCGAGCUGAUUUCUAUAAAGAUGGAUCAGUUCUCCAGACACAGACUACAGGAGAGAUGAUCAUCUAUAACCUCUCAAAGUCAGAUGAAGGUUUCUACCACUGUAAACACCCAGAGAGAGGAGAGUCACUGAAAAGCUGGCUCUUAGUCAGAGCGUCAGGUCCAUCACGUGCAGAAGCUCCAUUCUCAGUGUUCAUGCUGAUCAGUAGUGUAGUGACGGCCUCUCCGUAUCUGCUGGUGACCAUCAUUCUGCUGGUCAAAUGUUACAGAGCUCGAGCUCACACUGAUGAAGAGAGAAUUGAGAAUGCAGUCAUAGAGGAGUGAGCAAAGUUCAUCUAACAAAAAGAAGAUGCAUUUACUGUAAAAAUAAUUUCAUAAUUUCUCAUUCUUUAGGGCUUUGUGAGGUUUUAAAAUAAUACAUAUUGAUCAAGAGAAAAUUGUGAUGUAUUGUCUGAGGGUUGAGCUGUGCUUCUGCAAAAUAACAUCUGACAUGUGGGAAAUAAAUAUGUCUGCUAUUGAAGUGAGUUUAAUCUCAACAUGGUGACCUGCACACUAAAACCUCAAAACACUUCAUCUAACUGUAAUGAGGUUUAAGCAAACACAGUAAUCUGUGCAAAAUGGUUGCUUUAAGUCCAGAAAUUAUAGAAUGAUACUCUACUCUGUCAGUUGCUGGACCUCUUUUAAUGCAAAUCACGCCAUCCUAUUGUUUUAUUCCAAUGGAAGAGAAUGAGAUGAAACAAGAUUAAGUCCAAGAUGGAAACUAGCAUCGUUGGGAGGAAACUAAAGACUAGUAGGUUUGUUCUGUGCUAGGACAUGCACUACUGAGAUUUGCUU